AUGGCCACCACCCGCCCAGCCACCUCCUUCUUUCGCAUAACCCUCCACCGCUCCUCAAUAGGCAUGCCCCAGCGCACCCGCGACGUCCUCGCCGCCCUAGGUCUGCACAAGCGCGGCCGCACCGUCUACCACCCUGUCCACCCGCAGUUUGCAGGCAUGAUCAUGAAGGUAAAGGAGCUGGUGCGUGUGGAGGAGGUGGAUAGUAGGCCGAGUGCAGCAGAGAUAAGGGCCGCGCGGACACCGGAGAAGGGGUACUGGGUUGAGAAGAGGGCGGAGAGGUGA